UUUGCUACGUUGUCCCUCGUCACUGCCGGUACAGUCCUUCCGAGCUCGUUUAGCUCAUAGUUUAUUGGUUUAUUGGUUUGUACCCUUUCAGUUUGACUUGCUGAUCACCGGAAUUUCGGUGCGGCUUGUGCAGGAUCAUGGGGUACAGGACCUUUGCGGGCAUUGCCUGCCUGCUGGUGUUUGUCGCGCUGAGAGUCGACUUGGGCAGUGCAGCGGGAUUCCAUCGCGACCCGCAUCACCCUCGACCUCGUGCCAAAGCCGCAGCGCCAGUGGCUGACGAAGUGCCGACGGUAACUCCAAUGGAAGCAGCCGGUUAUGGUGUCAUACAGCGAGUGCUGGGUGAAGAAUACACGGGCAAGUUCCAGCUCUGCCAGAUAACGGCCAAUGCGGGGGAGAAUGAUACGUUUGAAUUGCGUCAGUCUCCAGCUGGCCUGAUUGAGUUGUGCGGUACAAACGGUGUGGCCCUGGCGAAGGGUCUGUACUGGUACCUGCGUACCUACUGCAAUGCAACUGUCACCUGGGGACACCACGGCACUGGUGAUCAUCUGGAGCUGCCAUCGCCACUGCCAGCCGUGCCGAAGACUGUACGAGUGAGCAGCUCUGUGAAGUGGCGUUACUACAUGAACGUCUGCACCGUGUCCUAUUCGUCGGCAUGGUGGGACUGGCGGCGGUGGGAACGUGAGAUUGACUGGAUGGCGCUGCACGGUAUCAACCUGCCGUUGUCGUUCACCGGUCAGGAGUACGUCAUUGCAGAGUACUACAAGAGUCUGGGAAUGACUGAAGAGGAACUGCAGGCAUACUUCAGCGGACCGGCAUUCUUGGCGUGGAAUCGCAUGGGCAACAUUCGCGGCUGGGCCGGCCCGCUGACGCCGGACAAUCGCAAGGCACAGUUCAUGCUGCAGCUGCAGAGUCUGGAGCGCAUGCGUGCACUCGGCAUGACACCAGUGCUGUCCGGUUUCUCCGGUCACGUGCCGGCUGCGCUGGAGCGUAUCGUUCCCGGCAUCGAACUGACCGAGUCACAUGCCUGGGGAAAUUUCAAUGACUCGUACACGAAAGUGCGGCUGCUAGACCCUACGGAUUCGCAUUUCUUGUCUCUUGCAAAGGGGUACUAUCUGAUGCAAACCGAGCUGAUGGGAACUGACCAUGUGUACAACGUGGACACGUUCAACGAAAUGAACCCGUCCAGCUCAGACCCCGGCUACCUGGCCAACACCAGCGCGGCCGUGUUCCAGGGCAUGCGCGCCGCCGACCCGGACGCCAUCUGGCUGAUGCAGGGCUGGCUCUUUCUGAGCGGCUUCUGGAACGAAAAAACCGUGAAGCCGUACCUGGACGCCGUGCCCAACUCUGGCAUGAUCAUACUGGACCUGUACACGGAAGCCGUUCCAAUCUGGAGUCGGUACGAGUCGUACUACGGAAAGCCGUUCGUGUGGUGCAUGCUACACAACUUUGGUGGACGCCGUUCGCUGUGCGGUAAUCUGACUCGCAUUGCGACUGGUCCAGCGUCGGAUCGUGUGCUAGCUGGCAGCUCCAUGGCUGGAAUCGGGUUGACGCCGGAAGCCAUCGAGCAAAACCCAGUCGUGUACGAGAUGAUGUUGGAGACGGGCUGGACGACACAGCCUAUCGACGUGCCGAGCUGGAUCAGUGACUACGUGUACGACCGGUACGGAAACUCAGCAGGUAACGCCAAGCUGCAAUCAGCCUGGGCACUGCUACGCGAUUCCGUCUACCAAUACAACUUUGGCCAGACGUACCUUGGCGGACUGCACCGUUCACCGGGUAUCCCUAGCGUGACGUCGACAUCAGGGCUUGGCGUUUAUGCCGAGCCAUCAGACCCCUCAACGAUGUGGUCCGCAGGGCAGCAGCAAGAGAGCACGCCGCUGCUUGGCAGUGGGUACGACAUGGCUGGCGUCACCGCGGCGUGGAGACUGAUGACGGCCGGUGCACAGCAAGUGGGGUUAGCCGCGGGGCAAAUCUCGGGCCCACUCAGCUACGACUUGGUGGAUGUGGGCCGACAGGUGCUCAUCGGUGUGCACGCUGAUCUGGCCACACUAUCGUCUGCAGCGUACGUCAGCUGGGCCAAGGAUAAAGUGAACACAACCACACAGCUGGAUAAACUCGGCACGGCAUUGCUGGACCUUAUCUAUGACCUCGAUCAGCUACUGAUCACAGACAGUAACUAUUUACUCGGUCAUUGGCUGGACACUGCCAAGGAUUGGGCAACGGAUGAUGCCGAACGCAAGCAGUUUGAGGCGAAUGCUCGCUACCAGAUCACACUGUGGGGACCCAGUGGUCAGAUCAAUGACUACGCUGAGAAGCACUGGGCUGGCCUGGUUGGCACCUACUACCGCGGCCGCUGGAACCUGUGGGUCGAGACGUUGCUCACAGCCGUGACCACAAACACGCCAGUCAACACCGGCCAGUACGGUUCAGCGCUGCUGGCGUGGGAGCAGGCCUGGUGCCAGGCGAACGAAUCAUACACCAGUCAACCGGAGUCGAGCCUGGUCGUCACCAAAUCAGCCAGCCUUCUAGCGAAGUGGGCCACUGCACCGUCCGGCGCCGAGUACCAGGUGUUUAAGGACACGGUCGUGAACGGCUUCGACAUCCACGCCGGCCAGGCACUGGUUUCCAAGGACGUCGAGCAGCUGAAGAUGUUCUGCGAAAUGGAGCCGACGUGCGUUGGCUUCAUCUCCACCGGCUACCUGAAGACGGCCAUCGAUCAGCGCUCAACGCUGGCUGGCUGUGACCUUUACGUGAAGCAGAAGUGAUCGUUGAACACAAUGUCUCUCAUGCAUUUGUGACUAUUCCCUGACGUGAAACCAUUGUUUGUGGGACCAAAGUGGUGGUUUCCCUGGUUACCUAUACACCACGUCUUCGUUUUUGCAUUUGUGGAAUGUUACGUACGGUAGUUUGGUACCGGUGACGUCAACAGUCGCUGGUACUCAAAUGAUUCUCAAUUUUAGUUCGACAUUACAUUAUACACGCGGCAAUCUUUUGCUGGAAUUGUCUUCGGCUGCAAUUCACGAGUGUUUCUUUUUUGUUGACAGAAACAACUUAGCAAGUGUG